AUGUUUAAAUCUACAAAAAAAACCAAAGACCCUACCAAAAAUCGAGCUGUAAGUGACACUGCAAAGGUAAGUGAAAAAACUAUUAUUAAGAAUGAAAGCUCGACGGUGGUUCCGAAACAAAUGUUCAGCAGUAGGGUAGCUAACGAACAGCCAUUGAACGUAAGCGGUAAAGGGCGCAGUUCAACGCCACAGACCACGAAAAAGACGUUAGUCAAAGGCGUCGUAUCUAGGCAGGCUGCAGAAUCAUCAUCCACGGCUUCUAUUUCAAAAUCACUAAGCUCGUCUUCCAUAAAAAAGACUACAACUGGUAAAAGCAUUAAGACCAUCACCACUGUCGAUCAAGAUGGCAAUAUCCAUACGACCGUGGAAACGGUAGACGAUAUACCACAAUCGACCACAGAAACCACUACCGAAGAGUCGAACACCGCAGAUUCGGCCAACGAGUAUGUCGAGUAUGCCGACCAAUAUUCCUUUGAAGGUGCCAUAGAAACGUCAGAGGGAUUGACCUCGCCGGGGUACUCUACAUCAAAUCGCUUAACUUCGUCGCAGAACUUUGAAAAUGAAUCAUCGUCGGUUGAUCAAUCGAUGUCUACGGAGACCAAUUAUAAUACCGUUACCUCACACGUUAGUUCCGAAUCAAAACAACUGUUGGAUGUAAAGGAUACAAUACAACACGAAAAUACAGUAAGGUCAGUAAAUGGGAAAUUAAUUAAAUCUAUAGAUGUUACGUCACGUGAUAACUCAAAUUAUUCAUAUCCACCAAAUAUUAGAGGACAAGUCGAUUUUACAGACACAACGAUUAAUACAAAUAAAAAUUCUUCCGAAAAUAAAUCUUCAAGUGCUACAGAACUUGACGAAAUAAAAAAUUUUAAUCAUGGUAGAAACCAUCAACAAAUAAAUAACGAAUCAAUAGAACUAAAAUCAUCUGCGAAUAUUUUUAAUUUAUUGAGUGACACUAAAGAAAAAGCAUCUACUUCACGGGACCACGAAAAUAAAAUUUCUAAAGAUAAUGUUGAUAACCAAGAUAUAAGUUCGGGAUUAACAGUAAAAAUGGUCGGUGGAAAAUUGAUAAAACAGUUUAAUACACCGUCAACAUCUAAGCAAUCUCGAAAUAUCGUGAAUACUAAAGAGGCGGAUAUAACAUACAAUGUGGAUAGUAAUAAACAACAGUAUCAAAAUAACGUAAGAACUUCAUUUGAAUCAGAUAUAAUUGAUCAAAAUGUAUCUACCGAUAAAUCUAAUGAUUAUAAUUCUGAGAUGUUCAUAACACAAAAAUAUAUACCGAUAUUUUCAAGAUCAAAUCAAGAAAUUGAUGAAAUAACGUCAUCAAGUAAUGAAAAUUCAAAAUCAUUUUAUGAAAAAACUAAUAAAAUUGAUGAUCCCAGGUAUCAAAUUAAUACUGAAUAUAAUACAAAAGAUUUAUUUGGAAAAAAUAAAAAUGUUGAUAAUGACGGCUUAACAGUACGCAUGGUUGGUGGGAAAUUAAUUAAAUCUUUUAAAGAACCGAUAAAAACCCCCAAAAUUGUAUCAAAUAUCUUAACGUCAAGUAAUACAUCAAAUAGUGACAUUUCAUCCGGUGAUAUCACAACAUCAACGUCCUUUAUUACAAAUGAACAAUCAUCUAUCUCGAAUUCAUUUGGUGAAACAAAUAAAUCAAAUUCAAAAACUUCCAGCUCUGUAUAUCAAACUGCAGACGAACAAGAUACAUUUAAAAAUCAGAAACAGCCAGAUUUAAAAAAUAGCAAAUUAAAAAACGAAAAAUUUGUUGAUAAUGUCGAUGAUGAAAGUUUGAAAGUGCGUGUAGUUGGUGGAAAAUUAAUUAAAACUUUCAAUGAACCAACAAUUUCAAAAAAAAAUAUAGUUGAUGUGUCGAAGUUAAGUAACAUUUCUAGUGAUAUUUCUUCAAGUGAUAUUACAACGUCGACAUCGUUUUCAACAAACGAACAAACUUCAGUUUCAAGUUCAUUUGCAGAAAACGAUCAUUCAAAUUUUAAUACGUCAAGAUCUAUGUACCAAUCAGUAGACCGACCAGAUGAAACCAAACACAUACAACGGCCAGAUACUAAGAAAGAGAAAUCUAAACCAAACAAAUCCGUUGAAAAUGUUGAUGAAGAAGGAUUGACAGUUCGUGUAGUCGGUGGAAAAUUAAUUAAAACUUUCAAUGAUCCCACAACAUACAAACAAAAUAAUACUGAUAUAUCGAAAUCAAGUAAUAUUUCAACAAGUGAUAUUUCAUCAAGUAAUACUACAACAUCUACAUCGUUUUCUACGAAUGAACUAACUUCGGUUACGAAUUCACACGUAGAACGUGAUCAAUCUAAUAUUAACGAUUCCAAAUCUUUGUAUCAAACAUCAGAUCGACCAUAUGAAACAAAAAACCAGAAACACCUGAACAGUAAGGAAGAUAAAUCAAAACAAAAAAAUGCAGGUAAAAAUGUCGACCAAGAAGGCUCGACAGUGCGUAUGGUUGGUGGAAAAUUAAUAAAAAAAUUCAAUGAGCCAACGCCAUCCAAGAAAAACAGUUUUGACGUUUCUAAAUCAAGUAAUAUUUCAUCUAGUGAUAUUUCAUCUGGUGACAUAACAACAUCAACAUCAUUUAUCACAAAUGAACAAUCGUCGCUUUCAAAUUCAUUUGGAGAAACUGACCAAUCGAGCAUAAACACAUCAAAAACAUCGAAGUCUAAAAAUGAGAAAACUGAUGAUUUCAAAAAUAAGAAACAGCCCGAGUCAAAAAAAGAAAUGUCUCAACCAAUAACUAAAGUUGAUAUUGUCGAAGAAGAAGGUUUAUCUGUACGCAUGGUCGGCGGGAAAUUAAUUAAGACUUUCAAAGAGCCAACUCCUUCAAAAAAAAAUAAUAUUAACGUUUCGAAGUCAAGUAAUAUUUCAACUAGUGAUAUUUCAUCAAGUGAUAUUUCUACGUCAACAUCCUUUUCUACAAACGAACAAAGUUCACUUUCGGGUACAUUUGAAGAACGCGAUCAAUCAAAUAUUAAAGCAACCAAAUAUUUGUAUCAAUCAUCGGAUCGUUCCCAUGAAACGAAAAACGCGAAAUCGGCGGACCCUAAGAAAGAUAAAUCUAUACCAAAUAAAUCUAUUGAGAAUUUCGAUGAAGAAGGUUUGUCUGUACGUAUGGUUGGCGGAAAAUUAAUAAAGACUUUCAAAGAGCCAACACCGACAAAAAAAAAUACUACUGACAUGUCUAAGUCGACUAAUAUAUUAACUAGUGACAUUUCAUCUAGUGAUAUUUCUACAUCAACAUCAUUUAUGACAAAUGAACAAUCAUCAUUUUCUAGUUCAUUUGGAGAAACUGAUCAAUCAAGUACAAACGCAUCAAAAACCUCGAAGUCUGAAAAUAAGAAAACAGAUGAUUCAAAAAAUAAGAAACAGCCAGAGAUUAAAAAAGACUUGUCUAAACCAAUAACUACAGUUGAUAUUGUUGACGAAGAAGGUUUGUCUGUACGCAUGGUUGGUGGAAAAUUAAUUAAGACUUUCAAAGAGCCAACACCGACAAAAAAAAAUACUACUGACAUGUCUAAGUCGACUAAUAUAUUAACUAGUGACAUUUCUUCUAGUGAUAUUUCUACAACAACAUCGUUUAUUACAAAUGAACAAUCAUCAUUUUCUAGUUCAUUUAGAGAAACUGACCAAUCGAGUACAAACGCUUUAAAAACCUCGAAGUCUGAAAAUAAGAAAACAGAUGAUUCAAAAAAUAAGAAAAAGCCAGAGGUUAAAAAAGACUUGUCUAAACCAAUAACUACAGUUGAUAUUGUCGACGAAGAAGGUUUGUCUGUACGCAUGGUUGGUGGAAAAUUAAUUAAGACUUUCAAAGAGCCAACACCGACUAAAAAAAAUACUACUGACAUGCCUAAGUCGACUAAUAUAUUAACUAGUGACAUUUCAUCUAGUGAUAUUUCUACAACAACAUCGUUUAUUACAAAUGAGCAAUCAUCAUUUUCUAGUUCAUUUGGAGAAACUGACCAAUCGAGUACAAACGCUUUAAAAACCUCGAAGUCUGAAAAUAAGAAAACAGAUGAUUCAAAAAAUAAGAAACAGCCAGAUGUUAAAAAAGACUUGUCUAAACCAAUAACUACAGUUGAUAUUGUCGGCGAAGAAGGUUUGUCUGUACGCAUGGUUGGUGGAAAAUUAAUUAAGACUUUCAAAGAGCCAACACCGACUAAAAAAAAUACUACUGACAUGUCUAAAUCAAGUGAUAUUUCCACUUAUGACGUUUCAUCAAGUGGUAUUAAAUCGUCAACAUCAUAUUCUACAAAUGAACGAACUUCGGUUUCAAGCUCUACCGUAGAAACGGAUCAGUCUAAUUUAAAAACGUUCAAUUCUGUACAUAAAACAGGCAGACCAGACGAAAUCAAUAAUAAGAAACAUCCAGACGCUAAGACAGAAAAAUCUAAACCAAAUAAACCUGUUGUCAAUGUCGACGAAGAAGGGUUAUCAGUGCACAUGGUUGGAGGAAAAUUAAUAAAGACUUUCAUAGAGCCAACACUGCCCAAAAAUAAUAUUAUUGAAAUUUCAAAAUCAAGUAACAGUAACAAUGUAACUAGUGAUAUUUCUUCAAAUGAGGUUACUACGUCAUCAUCGUUUAUAACUAAUGAACAAUCAUCAUUUUCAAGCUCAUUAGAAAAAUCUGACCAAUCAGAUAUAAAAACAUUAACGAAAUCUAAGUCUGUAAAUAAAAAUACUGACCAAUUAGAUGAGCCAAAAUAUAAGAAACAGCCAAUCCUGAAUAAAGACAAGUCCAAACCAAUAUCUACUGUCAAUAUUGUCGAUGAAGAAGGCUUGUCUGUACGUAUGGUCGGUGGAAAAUUAAUUAAGAACUUUAAGGAGCCAACACCUACAAAAAAAACUAUCACUGAUGUUUCAAAGUCAAGUGAUAUUUCAACUUAUGACAUUUCUUCAAGUGGUAUUACAACGUCAACAUCGUUUUCUACAAAUGAACAAACUUCGGUAUCAAGUUCUAUUGGAGAAACUGAUCAGUCUAAUUUAAAGACAUUCAAUUCUGUGUAUAGAAUAGACAGACCAGAUGAAAUAAAUAACAAGAAACAGCCAGACGUUAAGGAAGAAAAAUCUAAACCAAAUAAACCUAUUGAAACGGUUGAUGAAGAAGGUUUAUCUGUACGCAUGGUUGGUGGAAAAUUAAUUAAGACUUUCAAAGAGCCAACACCGACAAAAAAAAAUACUACUGACAUGUCUAAGUCGACUAAUAUAUUAACUAGUGACAUUUUAUCUAGUGAUAUUUCUACAACAACAUCGUUUAUUACGAAUGAACAAACUUCGGUAUCAAGUUCUAUUGGAGAAACUGAUCAGUCUAAUUUAAAGACAUUCAAUUCUGUGUAUAGAAUAGACAGACCAGAUGAAAUAAAUAACAAGAAACAGCCAGACGUUAAGGAAGAAAAAUCUAAACCAAAUAAACCUAUUGAAACGGUUGACGAAGAAGGUUUAUCUGUACGCAUGGUUGGUGGAAAAUUAAUUAAGACUUUCAAAGAGCCAACACCGACAAAAAAAAAUACUACUGACAUGUCUAAGUCGACUAAUAUAUUAACUAGUGACAUUUCAUCUAGUGAUAUUUCUACAACAACAUCGUUUAUUACGAAUGAACAAACUUCGGUAUCAAGUUCUACUGGAGAAACUGAUCAGUCUAAAUUAAAGACAUUCAAUUCUGUGUAUAGAAUAGACAGACCAGAUGAAAUAAAUAACAAGAAACUGCCAGACGCUAAGAAAGAAAAAUCUAAACCAAAUAAACCUGUUGAAAAGGUUGACGAAGAAGGUUUAUCUGUGCGUAUGGUCGGAGGAAAAUUAAUUAAAACUUUCAAAGAGCCAACACCGUCCAAAAAAAAUACUACUGACGUGUUGAAGUCAAGUAAUAUUUUAACUAGUGAUAUAUCAUCAAGUGAUAUUACAACGUCAACAUCGUUUACUACAAAUGAACAAACUUCGGUUUCAAGCUCAUAUGUAGAAAGUGAUCAAUCAAAUUUAAAAAUAUCAAAAACGUCUAAUCCUACAAAUCAAAAAACCGAUCGACCAGAUGUUACAAAAAUCAAGAAACGACCAGAAGCUAAAAUAGAUAAGCCCAAACCAAAAACUACUGUUGAUAAUGUCGACGAAGAAGGCUUGUCGGUACGCAUGGUCGGUGGAAAAUUAAUUAAAACUUUUAAAGAGCCGUCUCGAAAUGUUGUAAAAAAUACUUCUAAAUCUAAUACAUCGAAUACUAACUUAAACAGCCAACGUACUAAUGUAAAUUUAGAUAGUAGUUCACAAGUUUUAAAUACAACUUAUAUUAUUGAUGAAUCAUCCUCAAAUAAUGAAGUAAUUAAGACCGUUAAGACUAGUAAUGACAGUAGUACAACAAUCGUUGAUGGGAAAACAGUAAAAAGUUAUAAAGGACCCGAGAGGUCUCCACGGAAACCGAAAUCUGAUGUUCCAAAUAAAACGAAUGCAGACGUUAUGCCUUUUGAUAAUAAUUAUAUUACGUCGUUGAACGAUACUAAACACGUUCACGAUGUAUUUUAUGACGUUUCCGAAGAAUCUUACAUCGAGUCUCGAAAGUUUUCGGAGCAAUCUAUAGUUCAAGAUUUUCAAGUAACAUCGAAUACGUCGGAAUAUUAUCCCGAAAGGCCUGCUAGAAAUAGGGAUGUAAGAGACAACAUAGUUGUUCAAGAUAUCACCGACUUUGUGUCUGUUUCAAAUCAUGCAGAAGUUAUAGAAAAUAUAAAAACUUCCGAAGUGGUGUUCGAAAAAUCAGUUGUAAAAGGGAUGACCGAAAAUUAUGAAAACCGCGUAUCUUCAUCGAAAAAGGUCCAAGAAAAUAAAGUAGACAAAAAGCCAAGACACCAAAAGGAAAUUACUGCAACGCCGAAGGAACAAUGUAUUUGCGAAAUUUGUACCUGUGGGUAA